AUGGCACUAUCCCGUGGCAUGGUCCUCUCCUUCUUCCUGCUCCUCGUCGUCGUCGCAGCAGAGAUAGGGACGAUCGAUGCCAAGGGAUCAGCGGUUGGCAAGCAGACUGUGUCGUCCCUGACGAUAGGUAAGGAGAUGGAGAGGGAGAACAAGGAAGAGGAGGAGAAGAAGAAGGGGGAGAAUCAGUGCCUGUCGCAGAGCUUCAAGUUUAAGGGCUUCUGCUUGAGCAGCGACACCUGUGCCGAGGUGUGCAAGAAGGAGGGCUUCCAGGGCGGCAAGUGCAAGAUGGAGAACGCCGUACGCAAGUGCUUCUGCACGAAGCCUUGUUAG